GAGUCGAGCCGAGCCCGGCCGGGUCGGCGGCGGCCGGUGCGGAGCGGGGCCGGCGAUGGGAGCGCGGGCGGGCGGGGCGCUGCGGGCCGCCCUGGCGCUGGGGCUGCUGGCGGCGGCGCAUCCCGCACCGGCCGCUCGGCAGCGCCGGGAGGCGGAGCUAUUCCUGGAGAAAUAUGGCUACUUCGGCGAGCGGGGGGCCGGCACGCACAGCCCCGCCGAGUUCACGGAGGCGGUGAGGGAUUUCCAGCGGGUGACCCACCUCCCGCUCAGCGGGGUCUUGGAUGCCCCCACGCUCCAUCAGAUGGCCCUGCCGCGGUGCGGCACGGGGGACGGGGAGCGCCGCGCUGCCGGGGCACACCGGGAAUCCGCCGCCCGGCGCCGCAGGCGCACCACGCAGCACGGCGGGAGGUGGUACAAGCGGCACCUGACCUACCGGGUGGUGAACUGGCCCUCCUACCUGCCGCAGCAUGAGGUGCGCCUGGCUGUGAAAGCCGCCUUCCAGCUCUGGAGCAACGUGUCCUCGCUGGUGUUUUGGGAGGCGCGGGAUGGCCCGGCCGACAUCCGCCUGACCUUCUUCCACGGGGACCACAACGAUGGACUCAACAACGCCUUCGAUGGGCCAGGAGGUGCCCUGGCUCACGCCUUCUUCCCCCGGCGCGGAGAAGCCCACUUCGACAGUGCCGAGCGCUGGUCCCUGCACAGCGGCAAAGGGCGCAACCUCUUCGUCGUGGUGGCACACGAGGUCGGCCACACGCUGGGGCUGGAGCACUCCCCCGUCAAGAGCGCCCUGAUGUCUCCCUACUACAAGAAGCUCAGCAAGGAUUUCGUCCUCAGCUGGGAUGACAUCUUGGCCGUCCAGAAUUUGUACGGGAAGCCCUCAAAGGGCUUGGCCAUCCAACUCCCAGGAAAGGUCUUCACUCACUUCCAGGACUGGAGCGUGGACCUUUACGGUGGGGACCGGCAGCGGAGGAGCCUCAGCGCCUAUUACUGCCACUCCUUCUUCGAUGCCAUAACCGCUGACGCGGAUCACAACCUCUACAUCUUCAAGGGCAACCACUACUGGCUGGUGCCAGCCAGCGGCAACGCCAGCGAGCCGCAGCCCCUGCAGCCGCGCUGGCCCGGCCUCCCCCCCGGCAUCGACGCCUGCGCCUGGUCCCAGCUCAGCGGCAAGUUCUACUUCUUCAAAGGUGGGCGCUGCUGGCGCUACACGGGCUCCACCUUGGAGGCAGGUUUCCCCCAGAAAUGCAGCGCCCGCGGCCUCCCGCGGCACCCCGACACCGCGCUCUACUUCCAGCAGCUGCGGCGCCUGGUCCUCUUCAAAGGGCCCAAGUACUUCGUGGUGAGCGAGGAGACCCUCGGCGUGGAGCCCUACUACCCGCGCAGCCUGCGGGACUGGGAGGGUUUGCCCCCCGGCACGGCGGGCGCCCUCACCCACCGCGACGGCUUCGUCUACUUCUUUCGGGAUGACCAGUACUGGAAAUUCGACCGGGCGAAGCUGCAAGUGGUGGCCACCGGCAAAUGGGCCACCCAGCUGCCUUGGAUGGGCUGCUGGGAUGCAAACGGUGGGCAGGUCCUCUUCUAGCAGAGCGGGCUGGGACGAAAUGGGGGUGGGCUGAACCCCACCUCGCUCGCCGCUGCCCAGAUCCACUUUUAAUUGACUCUGGAUUCCUGCCUGGGGACAGUUCAGCAGGGACCAGCAGGUCGGGGCUGCCCGCGGAUGACCGGAGCCGUGGCUCGGUGGAGCGAUGCCCCGGCGCAGCAGGGAUGCGGGACGGGGCAACCAUCAGCCCAGGCACCAUCUGCGGCGGCCAGGUGGGCUGGAAGCUUUGGGAGACAAUAUUUUUUUUAAAAAAAAGACCACAAAAAACGGUAUAAGCCAUGGAGACUGCAAACACACCCGUUUCUGUUAAUGUUCCGGAUAUCCUUAACGCUUUUUUUUGUUUCAAACUGGGGCUGGGGUUUGUUGAUACUUUUUAGCUGUUUUCCCGCGGUCAGGCGGAGAAGUGCCGCACCGUGGCUUGGUUUGGGGCUGGGGUGGUUUUAAAGUCGAGACUGAGAAUGUUUCCUGGUUAAAACAAACAAAAAAAGAGACGUUUGGACAAAACCAGGGGUCCGCGUUGAGCUUUGCCCCCGCUCCUGCCUCCUCCCCUCCCGGGGAUGGCGGGUCGGCACCUCGGGGAGGAGCCCAUCCCCUGCGGGUGCUUUGCUGGGCUGCGGUCGCAUCCCGGCUCUCUGCCGAGGCGCCGGCUGGAGACAGCAACACCGUGGGAUUUUGGGGGAGAAAGCAGAGGGUUUGGGUGUAGGAGCCUCUUUGGGGUGAAGGGAGGAGGGAAGAACAGCUGAGCUGCCGACCGCGUCGCCGUGGGAUGGUGCUGUGCAGCUCGAGGGCAGCAGGAGCACGGCAGCUUGGCUUUCUGGUGGCUUUGGGAUGGCUGGGUGGCUUCUCCGGUGUCUAAUAAGGGUUGUGCUCACCCGGCAGCUUCCUUGUGUACAGAGAAAGUGUCUGUCCUCUGCUCUGUGGCAGGAUCAACCUAUUUUUGAGUCCUGUGGCCCUCUGCCACCCUUGGGUGAACUGGGUUGAAGAAUUACUGGGGGAGGAGGGGGGUGAAGAGCGGGUGCGCAGGACAGAUGGACGUGUCCGUGCAUGCAGGCUCACGAGGACAGCUCGGCUGCAUAUUCCUCAUUCCUUUCCCAAAGCCGGCUCCCCACCUCGAAACGCCGCUGGCUCCUGUGCACCGAGUCACCGGUCGCGUCUGCGAAGGGCCGUCGUCUCCCGCUGCCCGUGGGGCAGCGCCGGGGCUCCGAGGCCUGAAGGCAGCGGCAGCAAACGCCAGCUCUCGGUGACGACCAGGACAGGGCCCGGGUUUCUUAAAAUGUCCUUACGUUUGAGAGAUUUGGGGGAUUUUUUCACCACGCUGGGGGGGCUGUACACAUGUGGGCUGCUGCUUCGCUGGUGGUUCUCCCGGGACUCAGACCCAGGACUGCUUCGGGUCGGUGGCUUUGGCACUGGGCUGCGGCCGGUCCUGCCGUGCCGGGGUCCCGUGCCGAGAGCCGGCACGAGCGGGUCUGUCCGUUUUCCAUAAUAUUUGUGAACGAGCCCUUCCUGCGCCCACGCGGACACGGGGAACUUCAUCUGCUCGUGGCUUCAAAUCUCAGGGGCUUUUCAGUGUUACCAAAGAGUUACAGGGCCACCUCAUUUUGAUUUUUGAACGGAAUGAUAAUAAGGCGACGUCGCUUCCAGGGAGUCCCAAGGGCUUGGAGACCUGUUGGCAAAUAAAACGAACCUCUGGAUAUGCGGCGUUGGGAU